AUGUCUUCACAUCCAGUCGUCGAACUAACCUCGCCUUCAUCAUGGGCAAUGAUUGAAGACAAGUUCUCGCCGUACGCCAAGGAAACUCUGGCCAAGCUGGUUCGGUUUUGCCUGGAUGAAGUAUAUCCUGCAACCAAGAUUGCGCAUGCGCAAAUACCCACUGACCCGGCUACACGUUGGAGUACGGUCGUACCGAUCAUCGCAGACCUCAAGGCCAAGGCCCGAGCUCAGGGCCUUUGGAAUCUCUUUCUGAGCAAGACACACUAUCCCAAACACGGCGUUCCGCUCACAAACCUCGAAUAUGCGGUUAUGGCAGAAAUCAUGGGUCGGGGCGGCCACAUGGCGUCCGAAGUCUUCAACUGCUCUGCUCCCGACACAGGCAAUAUGGAGGUCCUUGCCCGUUACGGAUCACCCGCUCAGCAGAAAGAGUGGCUCGAGCCUCUACUUAAAGGCGAAAUCCGUUCUGCAUUUGCUAUGACGGAGCGCUUUGUUGCGUCCUCCGAUGCAACCAACAUUCGCACUUCCAUCCGUCAGGAGGGUGACGAGAUUGUAAUCAAUGGCCACAAGUGGUACAUAAGCGGUGCAGGCGACCCAAGAUGCAAAGUACACUUGGUGAUGGGGAAGUCUGACCCAGAGAACAAGUCGCCUCAUAAUCAGCAAUCCGUCGUCAUUGUGCCUGCCGAUCACCCUGGCGUCAAAGUGAUCAGGGCCAUGCAUGUUUUCGGUUACGAUGAUGCUCCUGAAGGUCAUUGCGAGGUCGUCUACGAUAACGUCCGGGUUCCUGCUAGCAACCUAGUUCUCGGAUGGGGCAGAGGCUUUGAGAUCAUCCAAGGUCGACUCGGUCCUGGGCGCAUCCAUCAUUGCAUGCGCUCAAUUGGGGCCGCGUCCUUUGCGCUUGACACCAUGAUACAGCGUGUGACAGAUCCAUCGAGGAAAACAUUUGGGAAGUAUCUUUAUCAACAUGGUACUGUCAUCGCGGACAUCGCUCGAUCGCGGGCAGAAAUCGAGAGCGCAAGGUUGCUGGUGCUCAGUGCAGCCUUGCAGAUCGACAAAUACCAAGCUAAAGGAGCGUUAAAAGAAAUCGGGAUUGCCAAGUUCAUUGUUCCUACCAUGGCUUGCACUGUGGUAGAUCGUGCAAUUCAGGCUUUUGGUGCGGAGGGUGUGAGUCAAGAUCAAGACUUGGCAAAUAUGUAUGCAGGGUUGAGGACUUUGCGAUUGGCCGACGGUCCGGACGAGGUUCACGUCCAACAAAUUGGUCAACGAGAGCUUAAGCGGGCGAAGAAACUGCAUGAGCAAACCGCUGAGCUCAAGAAGAAAGAGAAUGUCCUCCUGGACAAGCUCAAUGUCAAAGCACAUCUUUAGUUUCUUUGCUCUUCUCGCUCUUGUAUGAUAUGUUGGGUUCCUGUGCCGAUGAUUGAUAGCGUGCAUUGUGG